GGAUAUGUCACCGCUGUGUUCCAAUGUACGACAUGUUUUUAUUAGAGUACAGUUCAAUCUACAGACGGCUGUGAAUUCCUGCUCCGGUUCAAAAUGACUGAAUUAGGAAAGAAAAUCUCUUCUCUAGACAUCCAUUGUAUGGGUUCUAAAAUGCGGUUUUGGGGUGGGUCCAGGCCCCACACAGAAACAAAAUAACCUCCCUUUUCAUUAUUGUGCAAUAAAAAUACACUUUGCCGACUAUUUGCAGUCUAUUUGUCAUCGCCUCUUUUUUUUUUUUUUUUUGCUCAGUGUGAAGUUUUUCAAUGAUCCAUUUCCAAAACCACACACACUGUGCUGUUUGUGUGUUUUAGGCUCUUUGUGUAUGAAGGGAAAAGAAGCGACGUGGGCUCGGAGUGGUUUUUAUUGGCUCCUCAGUAACACGGCCGCUGUGGGACAGUGAGAGAGUGACGUAGGAACAGAGGCAGUGAUUGGAGGAGAGAGUGGAAUUAUAAAGAGGAGGCUGAAUCCGCCGGACUGGAGCUUCGUCUGACACUAGGACGGGACCCACUCAGACAUACACCCGCACCGGCGUCUGCGGACUCUGACCUCCUCCUCCUGUCAACAUGCAUCCUGCAAGAGUUUAGUGCAAAACGGCACCGAGGGCUGAGUCUUUCCACAGGUUGUUUCUGUGCGCAACGAAGAAGCCAAAUCAAGGAGAAAGUGCAACUUUUCCCAGUUUGGAAGCCAAAAAAAAAAAACAAAAAAAAAAGAACGGGAUUCUGCAGACGUUUGUUAGUAUUGUUAUUUACAUUAAAUAAUUCUAAUUAAACGGGGAAGUUUUUGCCGCGGAUAUGGAGUACACGUCAUCCCCGAAACCGCAACUGUCAUCCCGGGCGAACGCCUUUUCCAUAGCGGCCCUGAUGUCCAGUGGAAAGAGCAGUAAAGACAAGGAGACAGAGGAGAGCACCAUCAAACCUCUGGAGCAGUUUGUGGAGAAGUCCUCCUGCAGCCAGCAGUCCCUGGCUGACCUCUCCUCCCUGGAUGGACACGGAGACUUCAGCGGGAGCGCUCCCGCCGUGUGCACGGCGAGAAUGUUUCCCACCAUCCGUGUGUCUUUCUCUGGUGUGGACCCAGACUCUAAAUACAUCGUCUUGAUGGAUAUUGUCCCGGUGGAUAAUAAACGGUACCGGUACGCAUAUCACCGCUCCUCCUGGUUGGUCGCCGGAAAAGCGGACCCUCCUCUGCCCGCAAGGUUGUACGUACACCCGGACUCCCCGUUCACCGGAGAGCAACUGAUGAAACAGAUGGUCUCCUUCGAGAAGGUCAAGCUGACGAACAACGAACUGGACCAACAUGGACACAUCAUCCUCAACUCCAUGCACAAGUACCAGCCUCGGGUUCACAUCAUCAAAAAGAAAGACCACACUGCCUCACUGCUCAACCUCAAGUCUGAGGAGUUCCGCACCUUUGUCUUCCUGGAGACUGUCUUCACUGCUGUCACGGCCUACCAGAACCAGCUGAUAACUAAACUCAAGAUUGACAGCAACCCAUUUGCUAAAGGUUUUCGAGACUCAUCCCGGCUCACAGACAUGGAGAGGGAAAGUGUUGAGAAUCUGAUCCACAAGCACUCUUACGCCCGGUCACCAAUCAGGACCUACACUGGUGACGAGGAGAACCUAAGUGAGGAUGGACUCUCAGCUCACACCCGUGGUUCAGCCUUCACUGCUUCAGAUAACCUCUCUCUGAGCUCGUGGGUCACCACAACAUCAGGAUUCUCUGGCUUCCAACACCCACAGUCCCUGUCAGCGAUGAGCGCCAGCGCCUCUCUGCCCCACCCCAUUCAGGGCUCCCUGCCCCCUUACAGCCGUCUGGGAAUGCCACUAACACCAACCGCCCUGGCUGGAACCAUGCAGGGCAGUGGACCUUCAUUCCCAUCCUUCCACAUGCCCCGCUAUCACCACUACUUCCAGCAGGGGCCCUACGCUGCCAUCCAGGGACUGCGUCACUCGUCUACUGUCAUGACGCCCUUCGUAUGACUUCACUUUGUUGAGGACAUUAAACCAGUCCUGAAGGUGACCUUCUCACAGCGGCUCAUCACUUCUCAUUCAGUUUCAGUUUGUAAAUAAAAAAAUGGCUUCAUGACAACAAAUCCAGAAAAAAAACCCAAAAGGACUGAAAGAAUCCAGAGUGCUGUUCAGCAGUUUGGAAAACUUUUCGCAAAAUAUUUUUAAAAGCUAUUACUUACAAUACAGAUAACCAACGAAGGAAAAGUGUCUUGUUGAAGAACCGUGGAAUAUAUGAAAAAAAAGAGACAAGCAAACCUUUUCUAAUCAUUUAACCCUGGCUACUGUUUCUGCAGCAGACAUGUCAUGAUGUCAUGAUGUCAUGAUGUCAGGAUGCUGUGUGAUCUCUCAACCAAGGACAGCAGUAAUCACAUCACAGAUACUUCAGAUGCAGCUGUUGUCCAUGCCAGAUCUUGUGGUUCCAUCUGAGCAAAGAGGGAGACCCAGAGACUGUUUAUAACAGACACCGUUAACAUGGAGAACAAUGUGAUGUCGCAGGAUAUCGCGGCUGACGUGUAAAUCACAUGUCCCGUCUUCUUAUAUUUUUGGUCCCAUUAGUAUUUCUCCCUCUGUUUCUCUAUAGGACCAUUGUUUUAUAAAAGCCGACACUGCGUUUUAUUACGUAAUUCUGGACUUACAGUUGAAACCAUAGGAUUAUCGGGAAAAGCGAGACCUGGUUUCAUCGUCCACUGGGCUACAGAGGUAGCCCUGUUCAAUUGUUACAUACAGUCUGUGUAGAGAACAGCCUGAUCAGCUUUUCUGAAUGGUGCUGUAUGGAGUUAUAACCAUAAGAUGCUCUGUUGUAGAAAUGCAUUGUACAAAGAUAAAAAUGUCAUAUUUACUGAUAGGAAAAUUCAAGCUGUAGAGUUAAAAUAAAUGUAUCAUAGGACGCAUGCUGACUGCAGUAGAACAACACACUGGGUAAACCUUAUAUAAGAUAUUACUGAAUACAUAUGCUCAUCUUUGACAGGAGGGGAAUACAUUUUAGUUUAACUUAAUAAUGCAUACAAGCCAGCAUUAAAAACACAACAGUUGUGUCAGAAAUGUAUCCAUUUACAUUCAUUUUUUAUUUAAAUUUUCCAGGUCUUUUUCUCAGCCCUGGAUUUUAAUUUCACUAACCCCCUUAAUUAUAUAUGGAGCAGCUAAAGAAUUUAGCCUAGCUAUAGCUAUUGCUAAUCAUCCGCCACGAACUAGGAUCUAUAUAACUGUCUUUAUCGUUAAAAAUCUUGUUCAAUGAAGUGUGUUUUAAAUUCUAACUGAUUCAGGCAUUUUGAACAAUACAAAUGUCAUACAAAUUCUCCAAUGUAAAAACUGCUAACUAGCAUCAGCAAAUGCUAACUGGCUAAUUAACCCUUGCUAGUGUCCCAUAUUUUCUUUUUAGCAUAUAUUAUUUUUAUUAAGUUUAAAAAAGUCCUCAAAAUAAAAUUCAGUGUCAGAUAAAAUAGCAAAAAAAAAAAAGUGAUUUGACGACAAUUUUGUUAAGAAUGUUCCUGGCUAAUUAGCCGUUAGCUGAAAAGCUCAUUCUUAUAAUUGGAUGCAUCAUUGCAUAAACAGUCACAACCUGGUCCAGUUCUACAAAUAAGUUAAAAUAAUUUAAUGUCAAAAAACAUUAAUAUGUGUUACAUUAUUGGGAAAAAAACAGGAAUAUCAUUACAUUAUAUUUUGCUAGUAUGUUUUUCUUUUAAUUUAAUCCAUAAAACUAGAUUUUACAAUAACAUAGGAUAAAAAUAUAAAAAAAUUAAUUGUUAAAUUAUUGUAAUCCAUUGAUGAACUGUAAGAGAUGUUACAGCAAUAACAAAUGAUCAAUGGAGUUCAGUGAUUAUUCAUUUUGUCUGAUAUCUUUGUCCUGAUGACAUUUUUGUCUGAAUAAUUAGCUUUGAAAACUCAAAGAUGCUUCAGAAAGCACACAAAAAUGAAAUGGUGCAAAUUUAUUGGGCCACUAGUACAAUUAAAAGUAAACACACAUUGAAAACAAAGACAAAUUAUCAAAUUGAGUUUCUAGCUCAACAGGUUUUCAAUGUAGAAAAAGAACCGCUCAGUCUUUGGUUAGGAAUCCUUGUCUUGUGCCGUUUAAUUUUACUUUGAAAAUGAAAUAAAACAUUUACUUCUACAUUUGAGAAGAAAAUCUUAAGAAACAUCUUCCUUACCAUGAAACACCAGCGUGAGCUCCAUUAAGCAGUGUCUGUGUAAUAAAUAAGAUGUUUUUGUUUUUUUUAACCAGCAGAAGUGCUCUGUUUGACUUAUGAAACAUUUUUACAUCAUAGAAAAAUAUUUUAGGAAAAUUGAGUUUCGCUUUCCAAUGUCUGUUUUUUGUUUGUUUUGUUUUUGUUUAUUGUGACAUUUAGGGACGGGGACUUUACAGAAUGUAGCCUGGACUGAAGAAUUCAAUCUUUUUACUAAAAUGUAUCCUUUUGAUGUUAUGACUGAGGGGGUGAAUCAACAACUGAAAAAAAAAACUGAUUGUGUUUUAAAGACAUUUUAAGUGCAAUAUAUUUAUUUUGCUCUCUGAAAAUAAUGUGUAAUGUACCAUAAUCUGCAUUUAAACAUGUAGAUAUUUGUAAACCUUGAGAAAUACAGUUAUAUGCCAUCACUCAAACAUUUUGUGACAUUUUAUUGACUGACCUCGUGUCUUUUUCUGCUUCACAGCACCUGAUAGAAUGCCAACAAUAAAUAUGUCCACAGCUA